AUGCCACCCAAAACAGCCCACAAGACAGGGUCCUCUAGCACGCCGAAGAAAGGACGACCCGCACUGGCAGCAACCAGCAAAGACUCUCCAGCACGGCCAACGACAUCGCGCAAGUCCACAGCCGGCCUGAGGGCAGGGAAGCAGCCCGCCGUCGCAAAGAAAACGAGCAAUGUCCAACCUGGCGAUCCCACACCACAAGGCCGCCGCCGCCGCUACAAGCCCGGCACAGUAGCACUGAAAGAAAUCCGGCGCUACCAACGCUCGUUCGACCUCCUGAUUCAAAAACUGCCGUUUGCGCGCCUAGUCCGCGAGGUCGCACUCGAUCUGCUGCCCGCAGACGUCGGCGCCGAGCUGCGGUGGCAGUCGCACGCUAUCCAGGCGCUGCAGGAGGCCGCCGAGGCCUUCCUGGUCCAUUUGUUCGAGGAUACCAAUCUCUGCGCGCUACAUGCCAAGCGCGUCACUAUCAUGCAAAAGGACAUCCAGCUUGCGCGCAGAAUCCGGGGCGUGUGGGGUGGACUCGGCUGA